CCAAUAUAAACCAACCCUAACCCUAAUAUCUUCCCUUCACCCUCUUCUUCUUCCUCUUGCCGUCAUUUCCUCUGAAAAACCCUUAAUCUUCAAGAGAGAGAAAAUGAAGUACAACCCCAGAGUUUCCUCCUCCCGCCGAAAAUGCAGAAAAGCUCAUUUCACGGCACCUUCAAGUCUCCGCCGUGUGAUUAUGAGUUCACCACUCUCCGGCGAUCUCCGCACGAAAUACAACGUUCGUUCUAUGCCAAUCCGCAAAGAUGACGAAGUGCAAGUUGCUCGCGGUACUUUCAAAGGUCGCGAAGGGAAGGUUGUGCAAGUUUACCGGAAGAAAUGGGUGAUUCAUAUCGAGAGAAUCACACGGGAGAAGGUGAAUGGAUCGACUGUGAAUGUUGGAAUUCAUCCAUCCAAGGUUGUCAUCACCAAACUGAGGCUUGAUAAGGAUAGGAAGAGUUUGUUGGAUAGGAAGGCGAAGGGAAGAGCUGCUGCAGACAAGGAGAAGGGUACUAAGUUUACUUCUGAAGAUAUCAUGCAAAACGUCGAUUAACUUUUUGUAAUCUGAGGUAAUCUAGAAAUCUUCAGGGAUUGAGUGAUUUCUGGGUUUUAUGUUUUUUGUUUUAUGUGUUUUUUUUUGGAGUAUGAAUCGGAAUUAGUAUUGUUAUCAGAAGAAUACAUUGGAUCUUGUUUUUAUGGAUGGUUGAUUAAAGUUA